AUGCCUCUACAAAGCCGACUCAAAGUACCAGGGGUAGCAACAACUGCCAAAGCUCCAGAGCCUGUCGUCCGUGAGCGUGACGUCUCAGACUGGGAAGUCUUCACUGACGAAGAGUCUGAGAGCGAAGCAUCGCAAAACACUGUUGACUUCGUCGUCCCUCCUCCUCCUUACAAGGUUGACGACCCCAGGCCUGUCUUCAACAGGCCCACGUUGGGUAGACCGCUUACGGACAGGCCUAUAGUAGAGAGGCCUGUCCCAGAAAAGCGUCAAUCCUCAUGGCGGUCAUGGCUUAAGCGGGACACUGUUGUUGUCCCUGAGCAACCGGAGGAACCUCUACGAAGUGAGAAGAAGGUGAAGCGUCAUCGGCCUGACCCCGAGGCUGAGGAGCGAGAUGCGAGGAGAUCAGAACGUCGUCGUCGACACAAGGAGCAUGAAGAACGUGAUCGCGUUGAGAAGGAAGUCCGUGAGAAGGAACGUCGUACUCGUGAGAGAAGUCGAGAACGAGAGGGUAGUCCAAGUCGACACAGGCGGUCUAAGCGACGUGAGGGGGAUGAGAAGGAAGUGAGAAGCGACGAGAAGGAAUCUCGCCGGCUCUCACGGAAGCUCGGUGGUCGCAGCGAUGAUGAUUAUGAGAUGGCCAGAGAAAGGCGUCGCGCUGAGAGAGAUCGUCCUCCAAUGGAGAAGCGACACUCAACAUCUUACUCAAUCAGGCAUCGUACUCAUGAUGUCGGUGAGAAGGAAAGGCGACCAUCCCGCGUCGAACCUGAGAGAAGACAUUCGCAUCACAUGAGCAGUCGCGAGCCUUCACGAACUUCGCGAAAGGAGGUUCCCCGAUCACCUGAGGAGGACAUGGAGCGAGAGGCUCGACGCGCCGAGCGUGAGCGACGACGACUUCACAGCGAACGCAAGCCCUCAACCCCAAUGAACAUGAAGGGCAGCGAUUCGGACCAUCCCGAGAAACUUCGCUCUCACACAAGAAGUGCCGACCCCAAUGAGAGACGUGAGGAACGACGUCGGGAGAGACGCAGUAGCCAAACGCUCAACCCGAUGGAGAAUGAGAGUCGCCGUCAUCGACACCGGGACGAUCCCACAAAGGUUUCAUCAAGGAGGACAAGCUCUGACCCCGAGAAAGAGAGACUGAAGAUGGAGGAGAAGCAACGUGAGAAACACGAGGAGCGUGGCAGAGAAAGAGAACGCGAGAAGGAGAAUGAGCGCGAGAGACAGCGCUUGGAGAUCAAGAGGCAGGCCGAGGAGAAGCUUCGAAUGGAGGAAAUGGAGAAGCAGCGCGAGAAGGAGAGGCUGGAAGAGGUUAAGAAGGCCGAUGCCGCUAAGCGUGCUGAGGAUAAGGCUCUUGAGCGUGAGCGACGAAAGGCCGAAGAGAAGAAGAGGGCGGAAGAGAAGAAGGCCGAGGAGAAGAAGCGUCUCGAAGAGAAGAAGAAGCUCAUCGAGGAGAAGCGACGACAAGAGGAGAAGAGAAAGCGCGCCGAGAGCAAGCGCAAGGCCGAGGAGCGGGAGCGCGAAAGACUCGAGGAGGAGAAUAGACUUGAGGAAGAGCGUCGUCUCGAAGAGGAGCGCAAGAUUGAGGAGCGAAAGCGCGCCGAGGCUCUGCGCAGAGCUGAGGAGAAGCAGAAGGCUGACCAAAUGGCCAAGGAGCGCAAGAUCGCUGACGCUAGACGACGCGCCGAAGAGAAGGCUGCCGAGCGAGAGAAGCGCGCUGCUGAGCGCAAGGAGAAGGAAGCUCGUCGCGUCCACCGCAAGCAGGUCAAGGAAGACCAGAAGCGACAGGAAGCUCUCAUCGAAGAGCAAGCAGCCAAGCCUGCUAUCAUCCCCAACAAGUGGCCCGCUCCCGGCGCCCGUCUCGGUCCUGGCCUAGGACCCAUGCGAUUCUCGGCUGCUCCCGCAGCAGCAGCAGCACCACCAGCCAGGAAGCCUGCGCCUCCCGCUGAUGACAGUGACAGUUCAGACAGCGAUAGCGACAGCGACAGCGGCGUUGACUAA